CAACGGCCUCUGGCAUUGUGCUAUAAGAGGAGCCCGGCCAUGGGUGGGCCCUGGACCCCACCAUGGCCCUCAGCCACCGGCCCUUCAGCCCUGCCCUGGCGUCCGUGCUGCUGGCCUUGCUGCUGGGCGGUGCCGCCCGAGCUUCGGAGAUCGUGGGCGGGCGGGAGGCGCAGCCACACUCUCGGCCCUACAUGGCCUCCCUGCAGUUCCGGGGGACCCGGGGCAGCCAUUUCUGCGGGGGCACCUUGAUCCACCCCCGCUUCGUGCUGACGGCCGCACACUGCCUGCAGGAAACACCCCACAACCUGGUAAAAGUGGUGCUUGGAGCCCACAACCUGCAGACGCCAGAGCCCACCCAGCAGGACUUCUCCAUCGCUCAAGUGUUCCAGACAGGCUAUGACGCAGAGAACCACCUGAAUGACGUUCUCCUCAUCCAGCUGAGCCGCCCAGCCACCCUCAACGCCUCCGUGGCCACAGUCCAGCUGCCGCAGCAAGACCAGUCGGUGCCCCACGGCACCCAGUGCCUGGCCAUGGGCUGGGGCCGCCUGGGCACCCACGACCCCGUGGCCCGGGUCCUGCAGGAGCUCAAUGUCACCGUGGUCACCUUCCUGUGCCGGGAGCAUAAUGUGUGCACGUUCGUGCCCCGGCGCAGCGCCGGCAUCUGCUUUGGAGACUCCGGUGGCCCCCUGAUCUGUGACGGCGUUGUCCAGGGAGUAGACUCCUUUGUGGUCGGGGGAUGUGCCAGCCGCCAGUUCCCCGACUUCUUCGCAAGGGUGGCACUCUAUGUUGACUGGAUCCGCUCCAUACUGCGCCGUGUGGGGGCCGAGGACAGCCCCUGAGCCACCCCUCCCACGGCCCCGGCGGGGCCCCAGCCUAGCUCCAGACCCUCGAGGGAGAGUUUUGGACGGAGGCAGUUCUUCCCAGAACGCUGCUCCUCCCCCCGACGUCGGGGAUGGCCCCCCCGUUCCCCUCCCCAUGCUCCUUCCAUGGGGCUCCGGGAGACAGGCCGGCCCUGUACCCCACC